AUGCAGAAACGUAGUGAUUUAUCCGACGUCAAAAAGGGCAUGAUUAUGGGCUUUCGGACCAAGGGUGGAAGUAUUUCAGAAACGGCUAAUUUUGUGAACUGUUCGAGUGCCGCCGUGGUAAAAGUAUACCAUGUAUGGCAAAAUGGCACUCUUCAAAAUACGCAGCGUGGCACAUGUGGUGCACCACAGGUUAUAGAUGACAGAUGUGAGCGAAGGCUACGAAGAUGUGUUCAGGCGAAUAGACGUGAAACUGUUGAGCAACUGACCUCCCAGAUGAACCAAGGGGCUACCAAGAGUGUAUCCUCAAUAACUUUUCAGCGAACGUUGCUGCUCAUGGACCACAGCAGCAAACCCCUGGUUAAUGCACCUAUGCUGACUGCUGUUCAUCGGCGACGAAGGCUGGAAUUUGCACGCCACUACCGAAAUUGGACGUCCACAAAGUGA